CUGUGCGAUCAGCUGACAAUUAUGCAAGUACAGUUUCUUCAAAAACAUAACAUAAACACUGCGCUAUACAAGCCCAGCGUAUUUCCUAGCUGAAGCGUUUUUCCUUCGGGCGGAAUAGUGCUUUCUGUAAAAAAAUUGAUACAAAUUGACGCCGGAACAGCAAACACAUUCUAACAAGCGGCCAGUAACAGACGCAACCACAAUAACCCGCAAUGCGAAGAGUAUGGAAGUUGCUUUUCGGACGUUAUCUUUUGGUUACUAAUACCGUUAGUUCCGGUGUGUUGAUGUUGGCUGGCGAUAUGGCAGCGCAGGAAAUCGAGAACAGACUCGAAAAUAAAAACGCAGCUUCAGGGCGCAACUGGCAGCGGAUGUGCAAUAUGACAUUGGUUGGUCUUUCCCAAGGUCCAUUGCAUCAUUAUCUGUAUAAGUGGAUGGACGCAUUACUUCCCGGGGCUUCGGUCCGGACCGUGUUCAAGAAAAUUGCCAUCGACCAAUUUGCCAUAUCGCCCAUUUUCAUCAUCACUUACUUAUACAGCGCCGGUUUACUGGAAGGCGCAUCCGUUACGGAUUGCACCGACGAACUACAGCACAAGUACUGGACUAUCUAUACUGCGGAUUGGCUUGUUUGGCCACCCACGCAGUUUAUAAAUUUCUACUUACUAAGUCCAAAAUAUCGUGUCUUAUACAUUAAUGCCAUCACCAUGUUGUAUAACGUGUUUCUUUGCUACAUUAAACACAACGACGAUCUGGUUUUGCAGCUAACAGGAAAAGCACGAGCGAAAACGGAUCCUUCUAGCACCUCUUCGUGAUAUUAACGCUGGUAUCGUUAGUCGUUAAGCUAUGAAGAGUAAAGACGGACAAGCACAUUUCAAUAUUGAUAGUUACCCUUUUAGUUUGUAUUUUAACAAUCUCAGCUGAUCUUAGCUAUUGGUUCGCAAUAUUGUACUUAACAAUUGUGUACGAUGUAGAAACGCUGUUUAUUCUAUAAUCGCGUUGUGUCAUAACCAGUUUAUCACGCGUUACAAAGUCGAACUUUAAUUACCGAUUUGUCGUACGAAGUUGGAAGUUUGUGUGUAUAAUACAUGAUUGUUUGUCAGAUUGUAUCUAAACAUAGUAAACGAUAACGAACUGAAAUCGAUUCGUAGAAUAAAGUAACAAUCGGAGUGUUAUAUUA